GACUUCACGUUUGACAUCUGCGAUUUUAAAAGGAACAAGAUUCCCUUUAAUCACACUGUUGGCCAAAUGUAUGAACAAACUAAACUAAAACUUCUCAGAUUUUACAUCUGUACUAAAGAGGGAGCUCCAAAAGAUCACUCAUCUGAGGAAAAUGGUCAGUUUGAAGAUGGAUCUCAGUCAGUCAUCACAGAUCUGCAGGAUAGUUCAUAUUCAACUGAUAGUGACGGAAGCGCCCAGAUGCAACAAAGAUCAAAAAGGUUAAGGAAAAUAUCUGAGGAUGAGACAGCACAAAGUCCAGGUCCAUCACAUCCCUUUCAGUCAACCCCAACAGACAUAAAAAAUAGCAGCAUUGACGGAAGAGAAAACACGAGUGACGUCACUUUACCGGAACCGGGCCCCUUGUUUGACGAGGCAGAUACACUUGUGUGGGAUUCGGACGAUGAUGUGGUGGUUAUCAAUUUAAAACAUGUUGAUGAGGAUGACACACAGAGGACAGAGUUGGGUGGUGCUCCUACACAGGUGAUAGAGCUUCUACUCCCUUCAGGUGAUGGCCUGCUUAACCUGGAUGAGCAGCAGUCCAUACACGAGGAAGCAGUGCAAGCUGCCCAGCUGGACAGUGGGCUAAAUUUCAAUUUGCCCUCUCAUUCAAGCAGCCACAUGCCAACAGACAGCAACCCAGGAAGUCCCCAGACCACACGGCGUGCUUCAGUUUGCAGGAUAAAGGUUAUUGAUGAUCUUUUGCCUGUAUUUACUGACAGCAGCAUCAUGAAUAUGACUUUAAAGAUGGACUUUGUCAACGAAAAAGCUAUUGAUGAUGCCGGAGUGUCUAGGGAGGUGUACACAGCCUUCUGGGAGCAAUUUCUUGAACAGUGUGAAGGAGAAACAGAGCGAGUUCCAAGGCUUAGGCCAGAUUUUUCUGAGGCUGAAUGGCAAGCAGUUGGACGGAUUUGGGUUAAAGGAUUUGUAGAUCAUGGUGUUAUGCCAGUAAAGCUAUCAAUGGCUUUUAUUUUAGCAUGCAUCAAUGGAAUUGACCAUGUUGAUACAGACAUCCUGAUGUCAUCAUUUCUCAACUACCUCCCUCCCAUUGAGAGAUCAGCUGUUGAGAAGGCUCUUCAGGGAACACUGGAUGAAAGUGAUCAAGAGGACUUGCUUGACCUUUUCAUACGGAUGGGUUCACAUUUCCUACCUCCAGAGAACAACAUGAAGCCUGCCAUAGAACUAAUGGCACACAAAGCAAUUCUCCAAGAGCCCAAAUUUAUUGUAGAUUGCCUCUCCACACCCAUGUCACUUGUGAGGUUUAAACUACCAGAUAAGGAAAGUGUGUUGAGUGUUUAUGAGUUAAAGAAGCCUACGGGCAAAAGAGUAAUGCAAUUGCUUGAAACUAAUAAGGUGGUGCUGUCUCAAAGAGAACAAACAACCUUAAACCAUCUCCAACGUUAUGUGAAAAAUGCUGAUCAAGCAAAAGCUGAGAAAAUCCUACGCUUCUGCACAGGUUCCUCAGUUAUAUGUGUUGAGAAGAUUAUGGUUAGCUUUAAUGCUGAAACUGGCCUCAACAGAAGGCCUGUUGCUCAUACCUGUGGAGCUACAAUUGAUGUGCCAUGUACAUACAGUUCUUACCCAGAAUUUCGGACAGAGUUUGACAAUAUCCUGUCCAGCAAUUACUUAGAAAUGGACAUCAUUUAAAUGUGGGACCAGGUUUAACUAGGCCAAGAAGUAACUGGCCUCAUGGUAUGGUUGAUAAUCAUUUAUUUAUGUAUUUAUGUUUUGUCAUUUAAACAUCUGAUGCACUGACAUCAUGAUAAGCAGUCUCAUUUCCUUUUCAGCAUGCACUUUAUUUGUUUUACUGGUGCAAUAAUACACCUCCAUUUUUUAACAGAUUUUAUAUUUUAAAUUAUACUUUGAAAAUGACUGC